CUUUGAUUCGGGUUGUCAAAAAUCGUGUAAAUUUCUCUUCAGCUUUCGCCAUUGUCGCCGUGUCUGGUGUUGGACAAAGCUAGUUUUGUUUAUCAGUGAAAUACAGUUGAAAUAAUUAUUAUUCUCAACUAGGUUUUAUUGAAACUCUUGGGACUGUGACUAGAGAACGAACGAGUUUGUGCUAAAGAUAUUCGUUUUGGAAAUUUCCUCGCCCAGACCAGCUAGCGAGUUACGCUAACACACGUAAACAAAUACGACGACAUCGGUGCAUCGAACAGCAGUGCCUUUUGUGGGGGCGUAGUCUCGGAUCAGCAGCAACGGCAUUGUACCACGGGAUCGAACCACAGUUAUGGAUCAUCACAAUUCGGAAUUUCACCGGAGCUCUAAUUCGCUGGAUUCCGACUCGAAGUCAAGUUCGCUGAACUCGAAGCACGGAAUGGAUACGAUUGUUGCCAAUGAGUCCUCAUUCACCUAUCUCUCCGGAGAAAAUAUGCAGGACAUCAAGAACGAUGUGUCGUACAUCUGUCCGUACAGUGGACCGGUUGUGGGCACUUUGACUAUAACGAACUACAGGCUGCACUUCCGGUCGCAGCCUUCGAGUGACAAAGACCCAGUGGUGAUUGUAGAUUGCCCCUUGGGAGCCGUAAGUCGCAUAGAGAAAGUGGGAGGAGCUAGUUCCAGAGGGGAAAAUUCCUAUGGUAUUGACAUUUUCUGCAAGGACAUGCGAAAUCUACGCUUCGCUCAUAAGCAAGAAAACCAUUCGAGGCGGACCGUUUUCGAAAAGCUUCAAUUGUACGCGUUUCCAUUGGCGAAUAGCCAACAACUGUUUGCCUUCAAUUACAAGGAAAGGUUUCCUGAGGACGGUUGGAGUGUAUAUGAGCCAGUGGCUGAACUGCGAAGAAUGGGCGUCAAUAGCGCCAACAACGACACAUGGAGGAUAACCAGAAUCAACGAUAAAUAUGAGAUCUGCGACAGUUACCCUUCGGUGUGGGCUGUUCCAAAGACGGCCAAGGAUGAUUUGGUACGACAAGUUGCUAACUUCCGAUCUCGCAAUCGCUUACCUGUACUCUGCUGGAUUCACCCAAAGUCUCUGGCCACGAUUACUCGCUGUUCCCAGCCGUUAGUCGGAGUGAGCGGAAAACGAAACGAAGCCGAUGAGACCUACAUCAAUUACAUCAUGGAAGCGAAUGCUCAGUCGGACAAGCUCUCGAUCUUCGAUGCCCGGCCGAAUGCCAAUGCCAUUGCGAACAAGGCCAAGGGCGGUGGCUAUGAAUCGGAAGACGCGUACAAAAAUGUCGAACUUACAUUUCUGGACAUCCACAACAUUCACGUUAUGCGUGAGAGUUUACGAAAAUUGAAGGAAAUCUGCUUUCCGGCCAGCGAUGAUCAGAAGUGGCUUUCUGCGGUUGAGAGCACUUUGUGGUUGAAGCACAUCAAAUGCAUUUUGGCCGGGGCAGUACGGAUCGUUGAUAGGAUCGAGAACAUGCGCAUGUCAGUUGUGGUUCACUGCUCGGAUGGGUGGGACCGCACAUCCCAACUUACAGCGCUCGCUAUGCUCUUGCUGGACCCGUAUUAUCGCACUUUGAAGGGAUUUGAAGUGUUGAUCGAAAAGGAAUGGCUUAGCUUUGGACACAAAUUCGAACAGCGUAUCGGACACGGGGACAAUCACCAUUCGGAUGCGGAUCGAUCACCGGUGUUCCUACAGUUCAUUGACUGUGUGUGGCAAAUAACGAAGCAGUUUCCGCACGGUUUGGAGUUCAAUGAAUACUUUUUGAUCACCAUUCUGGACCAUCUGUAUUCCUGUCGAUUUGGAACGUUUCUGUACAACACAGAGCGGGAGCGGGUUCAAAAUGAUCUGAAAAAUCGCACCGUCUCGCUGUGGUCGUUUAUAAAUUCAUCCCACGAACAGUAUCGUAAUCCGCUGUACGGCGGCCGCAGUAUGGCCAUCCAGACAGUGCUGAAACCGGUCGUCAGCAUGCGACACAUACGCCUCUGGAAGGGGCUGUACUGCCGGUGGAACCCAAGCAUGCGGCAACAGGAUCCCAUUUAUCAGCGUACGCGAGAGCUGCUCGCCUUGCAGGACCAACUGCUCAAACAGGUGGAGGAAUGUCGACUGGAGAAAACUCAACAGCGGACACACCAAUCGGGACGAUUGACUUCACCAUUGCAUUAAGGAUGUUUGCGUUGUACGAUUGACUGAAUGGUGUGCUAAGAUAUGAGCUUGGCAGUAGUUUCGAGUGAAUCAAAUAAUUUCCUGCAUUGGUAGUUUCCGAGAAAUAUUAUUAUCUCAACCAAGCAUGAAUAGAACCCAUCUCUGAAUCGGAGUCCUUCCGUUGUGGAUGCUCUUGCAAAGAAUUUUCUAUAUGAUAUACAGUUCAGAUUCCUUCCCUUUACACACGGUGCAAACCUAUCACAUUUAUCAGUCGAUUCAUUAAAAGUGGAAAAGUUCGUGCAGAAUUGUGCAUUAUUAUAAUUAACUCCCUGUCUAUGUCUGGUUAGUAAAGUGUUUGUGCGCUAAAGACAUCGAGAAUGAGUUUGAUCAUCAUUAGAUUUGAAUUAGCGAUACGGAAGUGACUCCCUGAGUCUGUUGUACCAGUGUGUGGUGGAAGAAAGUCCUUUAUUAAAAUUAGUUACCUCAGACUUUCGACGUCGUUUGGCGCUCCACGUGCAUGAACCAACGCGGCGGAGAGUCUGUGGCAGUAGUUAUCAGCAACAAUGUUAUUAUACUAUUAUGUCUAUCAUAACCCAUUCUAUAACCCUGCUAAGACGUAACAACUCGACUAGCACCACUAGUACCUAUCAUCAUCAAAGGUAAUGAUGAUACCGCGCAAAAGGAUAGAAAGCUUUGGCUAAUAAGAAGCUGAGCGCGUAUGCUCUGCUCCAUAUAUAUAGAAGUUUAUCUCCUGCGCUGGAACAGUUUUGCGAGUAAUAAAGAAUAUGAGAUAUUUUGAAACGAAA